CAUUAUGUUGAUGACAUGUUGCUCAGCGUUGAAACUGAAAAAGAAGCGAUAACGUUAGCUAGCGAGGUAAAAACGAUUCACAGCCACGCUGGUUUCGAAAUAAGAAAUUUUCAUUCCAACUCCUCCAUAGUAUCAGAUACCUUAGAAGGUCGGUUAAAGUCAGAUGUACCAAGCGAUAUUGACAUGAACAUCGGUAAAGAAGAAACUACAGAAAAAGUUCUUGGAAUGUGGUGGGAUACGUCGAAGGAUUGUUUCGUAUUCAAAGUAUCCCCAAGAAUUGAUCCGGCUCUUAUUUCUGGCAAUAAAAUACCCACAAAACGCGAGGUUCUACGCACGCUGAUGCAGAUAUUCGACCCAUUGGGGUUAGUUGGUCAUUUCUUAAUGUUUCUAAAAUGCCUGCUUCAGGAAAUAUGGAGAACGUCAGUAGGAUGGGACGACCCUAUAGAACACAAAGAGUUCCAGAAAUGGAAACGCUGGCUCGAAGUGCUUCCGACAAUGACUCAAGUCGAAAUCCCUCGCUGCUAUCGCUCCUUGGUACCAAUAAAUCUCAGCACCGACGUUCAAUUACAUACCUUCGUUGAUGCCAGCGAGAACGGUAUGGCAGCUGUAACAUACCUACGAUUCGAGAAUAACGGAAUAGUGGAAUGUGGUUUGGUUAGCUCGAAAACGAGAGUGUCUCCGCUUAAAUUUUUAUCAAUACCACGAUCCGAACUUCAAGCUAGUGUUAUAGGAGCCAGACUCUCAAAAUCAAUAAUGGAAUCAACCACAGUCACGAUAAACAAACGGUACUUUUGGACGGACUCCAAAACGGUGCUAUGUUGGCUAUCAUCCGAUCACCGAAAGUACAGCCAGUUCGUGUCUCAUCGAGUCAGUGACAUCCUAGAAUCAACUGACUUAUCGGAAUGGCAUUGGAUCCCAUCUAAGCUAAACGUAGCGGAUGACGGGACGAAAUGGAAAAAUUUUCCCGACUUCAACAGCACUAGUAGGUGGAUUCGGGGACCCAAUAUGUUAUCUCUGCCAAUGUCCUAUUGGCCUCGAUCAGAAGAAUCCUUAGGCACGACAGAUGUUGAGCUACGGCAUCAAGUUCUCUCUCACCAAGAAUAUCCGUCGAACUUAAUUAAUGUGGAGGACUUUUCUGUAUGGACAGUUCUUCUUCGUAAAACAGCCUUCGCUCUACGAUAUCUAUACAACCUGCAACGCACUGCUCGAAAACAACCUAUCUUAACAGGCCCGCUUGCAUGUGAGGACUUGCAAAAGGGAGAACAAUUUUUAUUUCGCAUCGCUCAGAAAACCGAUUACGCUCACGAAAUCGAAUUACUCGGCUCUCAGACUUCCCACGAAUGGAAAACUUGCAUUCCACGAAAAAGUCCCUUGUUCAAAUUAUGUGCCUUUCUCGACAGCAACCAAGUUUUGAGAAUGCAAGGUCGUAUAUCAUCGUGCGAAUUCGCCUUGCCGGACACGAGAAAUCCCAUUAUACUCCCCCGCAAUCAUCACGUAACUAGACUAAUUGUUUCAAGUAUUCACUCUCGGUAUCAUCACCAGAAUCAUGAAACAGUUAUCAACGAGAUUCGUCAGCGCUAUCACAUCCCGAGUAUACGAUCAUUGUACAAACAAGUUCGUAAAAGCUGUCAGGUAUGUAAAAACCAAAAUGCAAAACCUCUGCCUCCUAUAAUGAGCGAGCUCCCAGUCGGACGAAUGUCUGCCUUCGCGCGCCCAUUUUCUCAUAUGGGUAUUGACUACUUCGGGCCUAUGUUGGUCGUUAACGGCCGUAAACAGGAGAAAAGAUGGGGGGUAUUAGCGACCUGUCUAACUACUAGAGCGAUACAUUUACAGAUAGCGCACUCCUUAACAACCAACUCGUGUAUGAUGGCUAUACGCAACAUAAUGUCUAGAAGAGGAGUUCCUAUCUGCAUAUAUAGCGACAGAGGCACUAAUUUUAUUGGAGCCGAUAAGGAGCUCAAAUCAGCACUCAAAGAUAUCAACCAGGACAAACUCAUUGCUGAGUUUACCUCUCCUAACACCAAAUGGAGCUUUAACCCCCCAGCUUCCCCUCAUAUGGGAGGGGCUUGGGAGAGACUUAUUCGUUCUGUUAAACAGAAUUUGGCCAAACUAAAUCCAAAUCAUCGUCCAAAUGACGAAACGCUCGAGAAUAUGUUAAUCGAAAUUGAAAAUAUUGUGAACUCGAGGCCCUUAACACAUGUUCCCAUUGACGACGAUAGCUCUGAAGUAUUAACGCCAAAUCAUUUUUUGGUGGGUUCCUCGAAUGGGUUAAAACCUUGGGUACCCUUUGACGACAGCGCAAUAGCAGUUCGGAAAUCAUGGCAACUAUCACAGACAAUGGCUAAUGUUUUCUGGAGACGGUGGGUCCACGAUUAUCUUCCAACUUUAACGCGAAGACAUAAAUGGUUUGAAAAUACCAAACCUAUCGAAGUAGGGGACAUUACAGUCAUCGUUGACCCGAAUCUACCCCGAAAUUGUUGGCCAAAGGGACGUAUCAUCGCUACAAACAUCUCUCCGGACGGAUGCCGCCGAUGGGCGAGCAUACAAACAGCAACUGGAAUAUAUGAUAGGCCUGUAGCGAAACUUGCGAUCUUGGACAUCGGCGUUAUAGGUGACGGUACACGAGUGUACACUCCGGGGGGGACUGUUGCGACCGCCGAUCCAAACAUCGAACCCAUCGCUCCCCUAUCAUCGAACCAUCAUCGACCAAAAACGUCAAACAUGCCUUCACAGCAGGAACACUAACAACAUGUCAAAAGAUUAGGAAAAGAGAAUAGGUGAAAAUUUGAUUUGUCAUUCAAGCUACGGUUAAAACGAUUCCACGUUUAGUUUCGAAACUAGAUCACGUUAAAAUUCAGAGAUUUGGCGAUUAUAAAGUUUAAUCUAGUGAAUCUGUAGGUACAAUACUUAAAUAUCUAUCGAUUAGUGCUAACAUUCUUAUUGUAUCUAGCUGGAUCUGCGUAAAUUACGACCUUUAUCGAUAGUGCCUUUCGCAAUUAAAAGCUAAGCACAUUGAACUGCCUACAUCCGCUCUCGUUACAAUCGCCUUCAAGCAAAGCUGCUAGUGACCACUAAGGAAGCGCAUAUCGAAGUACCGCCGCGGUAAGCUUCAAAUAAAUCGUCUCUAAAAGCAGUGAUAUACAACAUAACCUCUAACAUUAUAGGUCACUACACCUUCGUACAUUCCGUACAACUUAUUAUUACAAGUGCCUUCUAGUUGUGUGACAGUUAAAUACUGAACGUAAGCGUAACUAAGUUAAUCUUAUUACACAUAUUCUAACGUCACUUUACUUUUAGAAAUUUUGUAUUCUUCACACCUGGAAUAAAUUAACAAAAUUAAACUGGUUUCACUGUCUCGCAAC